AUGGCGUCGGGUAUAGGAUCCCCAUCGCCAUGCUCUGCGGGCAGCGACGAGGAGGAGAUGGAGAUCCUUCUGAACAACAGCAUCCAUCAACACCAAGGUACACAUAUCAGCUAGCAGAAGAGCGUUGACUCCUUCGUUUUAGGGGUGCUAUGGUGGCUUUUUCGUGAACUAAGGAACAAAAAGAGUUUUCUCCUGUUUUGCAUGCUUUAGACCAGUAAUGACAAGGUCACGUUCUUCCUGCUUAAUCCAUGCCCUUGCUUAAUGGGUUUUGGCGGGGGGAAGGGGGGGCAUCUUGCCCUGUGUUUCUGAUAACUCUGCUACAGACACGAUGGGAGAACUUGAUAGUUUGGAUCGGAGGCUGAGGGAAAUUUAAAAAAAAUUGUUCUGAACUUCUUUUCACCGGGCCUGCAAGAUUAAUCAUUGACUGCUAUAGCUGCUAAUGUCUUAGAUGUCUCAUUUGGUUGCCUCUUUCCAUGGCUUCCUGCUGAGUCCUCCUCCUGCUGCCUGGAGAGGGCUUCCUGUAGAUCCCGCUCAAUCAUUCUGAAUACUCUGAAUGCGUAGCUUGUCAUGCUAGCUUUGCUUUUGAAUGAACAUGAAUGGUGGCUGCGAAAAGAUGAAAGUUCUGUUUACUAGGAACUUCUGUGUGUGUGAUAGAAAGUAUCUCAUUCCUUGUUAUUGCGUCCCUUUUCCUAAAGGUGUGAUGGACUUCAUUGUGGGGAGGGCUUGUGGGGGCGGGAGGGAACCUUUCAAGUGGAUUGACUGAAGUGAGGGUGGAUGCAGGUUCUUAUGCACUUUUCAAGCUGCUUUGAAGGGAAAUACGAAGUGGAAGGCUUUCUUUCUCUUGCCCACUUGAGAGCUCAACUAUGUCUUGUGUCCAAAAUGAUCUGUGCCCUGGGCUGUUGCAUGACCCACUUUCCUCCCUAGCCACACCCUGUGGAGCUUAACUUCACAGCUGCUCACCUGCAUUUUGGGUUGAAUGUGGCCUGCACCAUGUGGCAGGGACAUGGGAGCAGUGCAUUUUGCUGUGUGUCUUUUGGCCUUGGUACCUUUCAGAAGAAUUGUAGUUGAGCUCAGUUGUACGGAGUGGAUUUGGGUUGAGUGCAAGAAUAUCCCUAGGAACAGGGUGAAAGUCUCCUGGGCUCUGAGGUGCUUUUAGCGCUUGGCCCAGCUGGGAGUUCAGGGGGGCAGACAUGGAUUGUGUGUUUUUGAGCUCACAGGCCAAAGAAGGAGUCCGCUCUCUUUUACCAUUGCUGGAUGCUAGAAGGCCUAGAGAAGAGGUGCAGAUGAUGCUUGAGGAGUGGAGGCUGCCUGAAGUGCAUGGGGAGGGAGAAACAUGGGAAAGUCUUGCUGAAGGAAAAUACUUCUGGCACAGGAUACAUUUGCUGGUUUGGGAAAGCAGGGCUCCACCCUGUGCCGUUUCCCCUCUGCUCCUUGUCCUUUGGUUGCAGCAACUGCUGUGACCUGUAGCUUCCCCCAUCCUGCCCAGUGCCUGUGGUUAGGAGGCCAUUUUCCCUUGGAGGGAGAGCUUGUGACUCUGGCUGCGUGUAAUGGGCGGGGGUGGCUGCUGAGGGGGGAGGGGAGGGAGAAUGGCUGGUUACUGUGGAUCUUGUCACAAAGGAAGCUGCCGGCUGGCUGUGCCCCUCUGGGCUGUUGGGGGUUGGAGAACAGAUGGGAGUGUGGUCUGUCGGGUUAAGGAGUGACAUGUUUCUGUGUGUGUGUGUGUGUGUGUGUGUGUGUGUACGCAUGCUCGUGCUUGUGCAUGCAUGCGCGUGCACCCACAUGAGAGGGGGAGAGGGAAUGAGUUAAAGCUUGCAUUUGCAUAGCGAGGAGGUGAUUUGUGAGUUGUGAGAGGGCUGGCACCUGAGUUAGCACCUGGUGAUUGUUAGUACUCAGAACCUCCAUUUCAGUCUAGGUAGGAUGGGAGAGUCGAAGCAGCAUCCUGUUGAGUUUGCUGUUAGCUAUGAAGGUUUCUUCAGGGGGAUUUUGAGGAAAGUGGGAGAGAAUGUUUGUUGUACCCUGAUCAUUAUCUAGCAGGUGUAUCUUCAAGUUCUUGCUUGCAGAUUCAGAUUUUUCAUUUGAAACAACAUGCUAAGGGAUGAAGGGGGUAGUGCUUUGCUAUUCAGUUGCAUUAAAAGCCAGUACUGUUCCUAGUCUGUAUUUUGCUCUGGUGCUGGACUAAACAAAUGUCUUCCAUAUGGAAUAACUUCACUAAGCAAGAGGUAGAGGGAGAUGCAUGAAGACACUUAGUCUUUGUUGGUGCAUUGGAAAAAUCUUGAAGCAGGUGGCACCAUCCUCAUUCACUAGGUGAGAUGAGACCUAAGAUGGGUUGAAUGCCCCUGGGCAAAGGACCCCCUCCCUCUCUUUGAGUUGCAUUAGGUUUGUGAGGAUACAGGAGAAAACUGGUAUAGGAAGAGCUUCCAAUUUCUUUCAAUGAAGCCUCCCUGUAUAUGAUUUUUGGGAGGAGAUCAGAGAUGCCUUGUUCUCUUUAAUCUGUUAACGCCAGUUUUGGACUAGUACUCCAGUCUGUAGUUACUUCAGUGCAAUAGCAGGAGGUUGGAACACUGGAAUCACACCCAUGGGAAAGACAAUGGGGGUAGAAAUGGGCCCAGUUAAAAAAAAAAAAAAGGUGAUGAGUGACCCUAUUGCAUAUGGUCUAACUUGGGAGUGUGGCAAAGCAACAAUGGACUAAGUACAAGUGGAGUGUAGUCUGUGUCAAUGGCAUUGGAAAAUGAUUAGUUACCCCUGCUGCCUUCAUAAUUUCCCUCAGAGCCGGAAGAAGAGCCAGAGGAAGAGCUGUUAUCAGAGGCAGAACUGCCAAAAAUCAAGAAGAAGAAGAAACCCAAGAAGCUGAAGGAACCUAAAGUGCCCAAGCUUAGUAAGCGCCAGAAAAAAGAGGUAAGAAAUAGAGUAGGACUUGGGGAUGAGGGAGAGAAAAGCAGCUUAAUGUACAGAUGGGUCUGCAUGUUGAUUAUAUUACAGUCUUGCUUCCCUUUAGAAAGAACAUUUUUUGGGUGCUGAUUUAUGUGCUUUAAUUCUUCCCUCCCCCUCCAGCUUGGAGACAGUUCUGGUGAAGGAAAUGAAUUUGUGGAGGAGGAGGAGGAGGUGCUGCUGCGCUCCGACAGUGAGGGAAGUGACUAUACCCCUGGGAAGAAGAAGAAGAAGAAACUUGGGGCUAAGAAGGAAAAGAAGAGCAAAGCCAAGCGCAAGGAGGAGGAAGAAGAGGAGGAUGAAGAUGAUGACUCCAAGGUGAGAAGAUCCAGAAUGGCUCAUUAAAUCACAUGAACACAUAAUUCCACUGCUGCUAUAGUGGUUACCCUUGCUUAUCUUACUUGUUUUUGUACUUUAGGUUUGGGAGGGAAGGGUGGGCACAACACAAGGUGCUGCUAAAAGAGGGUGAUGUUUUCCUUCUUGGGGGUCUAAGGGAAUUCCCUGUCCUGCUUUUGUAGGGUAGGUGUGUGUGUCUUGGGUUCGUCUUCCUUUUGGCCCAGUCCUCUAUAAUUUCCUGCUGAUCCUGCCUUUCUUUGACAAGCUUCCUGCUCAUGGCAGGAAAGUGUCUCCUUGUUGAAACUAGUAUCUUUUUAACUAGCAACUUUUCCCUGUCCCUUUCUCCAGGAACCUAAGUCUUCUGCCCAGCUUCUAGAGGAUUGGGGCAUGGAGGAUAUUGAUCAUGUUUUCACAGAGGAGGAUUAUCGCACUCUUACCAAUUACAAGGCUUUUAGCCAAUUUGUCAGGUGCGUCGUUCAGUCUUUUCAUAUCUUGGGAAUGCAGGGCAAGAAAGACUUAAUAAUCUAGCAGACGAUGAGAUAUUGAAGUGUAUUAUCUGUAAGUCUCUGGUUUAGUUUUUUGUUGAAUGGCAAAUAGGCAUGCUACUUUUUCUUUGCCUUGACACCUCAUCUAAAGCAGGGGAUAAUACUGCUUGGCUUACAAGGCAGUUGUAAGAAUUAUUGAGAUAAUUUAUGUGAAUUUCCAUGAAUGUUUUUAUAUCGAAAAUGCUAUAUAAAUUAUCACAGUGUUCCAGGCUUGGGCACUUGGUGUUACAGAAUUGUUGGAUUACUGUAGGAAAUGGGUUAGGCUGCAAUCCUAACCCUCACUGGAUUCAAUAUGGCUUACUUCUGAAUAAGCAUGUAUAGAUUUGCAUGUUAACUAUUACCCAUAGAAGGAUGGAAGACAUAAAUGGAGAGCCUAAGUAAUUAGCCUCAAAAAUCUUCGGUUUGUGGCAGAGUUGGGGACUUAGGAACAUACCUAGCUUUUCUAGGAAUACUAGAAAAUGUUCUUCUCCCAUGUGUUAGUUGGCUUCAGGGGCGAUGGGAGGGGCUAACAGUCUUAAGAAUAGGUUGUCAAGUUUGAGCUUCCCAAAGUCCAGACCAUCCAGCAGUGCUCUUUUCUUUUUCUUCCCCCAUGUAGGCCACUUAUUGCUGCUAAGAAUCCCAAAAUUGCUGUCUCAAAAAUGAUGAUGGUGCUUGGGGCCAAGUGGAGAGAGUUUAGCACAAACAACCCCUUUAAAGGGAGCUCUGGGGCCUCUGUGGCAGCUGCGGCAGCUGCUGCUGUGGCUGUGGUGGAGAGCAUGGUGGCUAACGUGGAUACAGUUGUUCCUCAGCCCCCAGUUGAAGUCCCGCUUCGGAAGGCGAAGACCAAGGAAGGCAAAGGUGAGGUGAUCAUAUGGGGACUGUUGUGAUGAUGAGUGGGGGGGAGGUAGGGGUUCAUAAGCUCUGUACCUUCUUCUAGCAACUUUGAUCAACUGUACUGCAGGGCACCCAUUAAUUCACUCCUGGAAAUCUCUCACAAGAUUUUACAUUUCCCUUUAAAGCACAGCUCAGCUGGGAUCUAGGUACCAUUUAAUAAUGGGGUGAUGAUGGUCUGUUUUCUAGGUCCCAAUGCCCGAAAAAAACCCAAGGCUAGUCCUCGUGUUCCUGAGAUCAAAAAACCCAAAACCAAGAAGGUGGCACCCUUGAAAAUCAAGCUGGGAGGAUUUGGCUCCAAGCGUAAAAGAUCAUCUGUGAGUUUUUCUUUUUCUGGUAAGAGGGUGGGAAUUUUCUCUUAGCCACAUUGUCUCUUGCAGGAUAUGGGUGUGUGGGUUUGUGUGGGGCAGCCUCAAUAGCACUGGGUCACAAAGUCAAGUUUUCAUAUUCCUUUACAGUAUUUAUUUAUUUUUGUACCUCCAGAGUGAGGAUGACGACCUGGAUGUUGAGUCAGACUUUGAUGAUGCAAGCAUCAACAGCUACUCUGUGUCAGAUGGCUCUACCAGUCGCAGCAGCCGCAGCCGCAAGAAACUAAAAGCAGGAAAGAGGAAAAAGAAAGGUACUGAGCUCUGCUUGGCUCAUACGGGAGCUGUGUGGAAAGUGUGUGCUCAGGGGCAGGGAUUUCAUGAUUGCAAGUGUCUGGAGGGUGGUUGGGGACCAUUGGUAUAAAAUAUUUGCUAUUGCGUACCUAGGGAAGAAGUCAAACUCUGCAGACUUAAAAGAUUGAGGGAUUUCCGACGGGACAAGACACGCUGUGAGGAAAACUUAAAGUUUGUGUUACGUCUUUUUAUGGUACACCCAUAGCCAUUUUCCUGCUCUGACCCUUGGGAUACAAUAGUGAUAUCCAGGCUGUGCUCUCUAAAUAAUAAUUUUUUGCUAUCUAGAUACUGCUCUGUGGCAUGAGAUUGGAGUAUCCUCCUUGUUGCUUGAACCUGCUGCUUGCUUAAUUGUUUAAAAGCUUUCUCCACUACCUUGCUCUGCUAGGAGAAGAGGAUUCUGCUGCAACUGUUGAUGGCUACGAAACGGACCACCAAGACUACUGUGAGGUGUGCCAACAGGGGGGAGAGAUCAUCCUGUGUGACACUUGCCCUCGUGCCUAUCACAUGGUUUGUCUGGAUCCAGAUAUGGAGAAAGCGCCAGAGGGCAAGUGGAGUUGCCCGCACUGUGUGAGUUUUGGGUUCUAUGACGCAGCUAGAGGCCUGGGAAUGCAGGGUUAGGAAGACAGCUUGAGGGACUUCAAGCAUCUUGGUCUAACAGAUUCCCUCCCCUAUAGGAGAAAGAGGGUAUCCAAUGGGAGGCUAAAGAAGAUAAUUCUGAGGGUGAAGAGACCAUGGAGGAUGCUGUGGGAGAUGCAGAGGAGGAGGAUGAUCACCACAUGGAGUUCUGCCGUGUCUGCAAAGAUGGAGGAGAGCUGCUCUGCUGCGAUGCCUGUCCUUCUUCUUACCACAUCCACUGUUUGAAUCCACCUUUGCCAGAGAUUCCGAACGGAGAAUGGCUUUGCCCGCGUUGUACUGUGAGUUCCUGUGCUCUUCCACAAAUGGGAAAUACAAGCUGAGUUUGUGGGAGUCCCCUGAGUGAGAUAGCAUUUGAAUCAAGAUAGCUCACGCUGAAGUCCUGCUCUGAAAAGCACUUGAGUACAUUUUUGGAUCCUACUCUCCAGGCAGAUUAAUUUUUUGUGGUUAAAAAGUGAGCUAGCACUAUGUUCAUCUUCUGCAAUAGGAAUCCGUUUUUGCCAAGUAUUUAAAAACAAAGUUAGGUCCUUGUGUGUAAAGGGAGAGUUUAGAUUAGCAUCUUGUGAUAGGUCCAGGGUCUGGGUUCAAUGGUUGACCCAUAAAUAUUAGAAACAACAUAAAAUCCAGUAAGCUUGUCAUACUCCCUCCAUAAAUGUAUGAGGGUCUUUCUCUUACAGAAUCAUAGAACUGUAGAGUUCAGUACCAGCAAAACACUACCUUCAGCACUGCCUCCUGGACUCUGGCCAAAAUGUUCUUUAUAGGAAGCCUCACGUGUCUUUUAGCCCAGGCAUCUUCAUCUGUUAUGUCUAGGUUGUAUUCCCACGCCUGGUGCAAUCCACCUGCAUUUCCCAUCUUGCAGCCAAUCUACAAUUUAUAAAGAAAAUAAUUGGAACCUUUGUAGUUCAGUCAGUAGGACAGGAGGCUCUUGUUGUCACAGUCAUGGGUUCAAGCCCCAUGUUGGGCAAAGUAUUCCUGCACUGCAUAUGUCUGGGGAAACUAGAUGACCCUUGUGGUCCCUUACAACUCUAUGAUGACUCUAUGAUUCUAAAUAUGAAGCAGAUUGGAUACAAUGCUGUUCAAAAGCUGUGGUGGGGACUGAUUUCUAAUCCCAUGGUCCAUCUUCUCCAGUGUCCAUCUUUGAAGGGUAAGGUGCAGAAGAUCUUGACUUGGAAGUGGGGACAGCCCCCACCAGCCACGCCGGUGCCACGACCGGCUGAUGCAGACCCAAAUGCACCUUCUCCGAAGCCCCUGGAGGGAAGACCCGAGCGACAGUUCUUUGUCAAGUGGCAGGGCAUGUCCUACUGGCAUUGUUCUUGGGUGUCUGAACUACAGGUAAGCAAAAGGCAUCUUUACUAGAAGCAGAGCAAAAGAAAUUGGCUAACCCCAUGUCAGGAUGGUGUGUAACUGCAUCUGUUUGUACCUCAGCUGGAGCUGCAUUGCCAGGUCCUGUUUCGCAAUUACCAGCGUAAAAAUGAUAUGGAUGAACCUCCUGCAGGAGAUUUUAUGGGAGAAGAAGAGAAGAGCCGUAAACGUAAGAACAAGGACCCAAAGUUUGCAGAGAUGGAGGAGCGUUUUUACCGUUAUGGAAUCAAGCCAGAAUGGAUGAUGAUCCAUCGGAUUCUCAACCACAGGUGAGGAAAGAGGUUGAGAUUGCCUCAGUCUCUGAAACAUGAAUGGUUGAACAUUCCUGAGUUGAAAGUGACUCUAAAAGGUCCUGAAACACUCAAAAAGGAGAAAUAAUUCCAUUUGUCUCUAGCCAAAUGAAUGUAAAGACACACCUUACCUUAUAUAUUGUCUUUCCACACUCACACAAACAUGUAAAGAAUAAUAUAAAAGCAGCAACACCAACCAAGAUAAAAUCAGUAAGAACCAAGAAAUUCAAACACACAAUUCAGCCUCCUUUUCUCUGCCUCCUCUGGUUCCCUUCAUUAACCGUAUUUGGGGGGGGGGGGGGACAGGAACAAUAUAUGCAGUUUUCAUCCUUUACUACUUUACAUAGACUGUGAUAUUCAUUUAAUCUCUCUUUCCUUUAGCAUUGAUAAGAAGGGGAAUGUUCACUACCUUAUCAAAUGGAGGGAUCUACCAUAUGACCAGGCUUCUUGGGAGAAUGAGGAGGCAGAGGUACAGGAUUACGAUAUCUACAAGGCGGCAUACUGGAACCACAGGUGAGCAUGGAUUUCAUUCUUUGAUAAAUGGGUCAGAUGAGAGAAAAGCCCAGCUGAGUUGGUAAUGUGAAUUGAAGCAUAGUUAUCCUAAGAUCUUUGUAGCUUUCUCUCUGAAAGGAGAAGGAUACUCUACUCAGCCCUGGGGUGCUUCAUCUGGAAGAGUUUCUUCUUCUUUGCAUCUGCUGUGUUGGAAGUACAGAGUCUAUACAACCUGUGUGCCUCUUUUCUUGCACAGGGAAUUGAUGAGGGGUGAAGAAGGAAGACCUGGCAAAAAGAUAAAGAAAGUGAAGUUGCGGAAAUUAGAGAGGCCCCCAGAAACACCAACAGUGGAUGUGAGUUAAUGGCUUUGAGGGGUGUGGGAGGGAGACGCAAGAAGGGGAAAGGACGUGAUGGUCCUGCAGUUUGUAUGUUCACGGGCGGAGACAUUAUGUUCUGUAGCUGGAGCGAAAACUACGUAUCUAUAAUGCUUUUGAUCACCAAAGCAAUCCUUUGUAAUUUUUAAGCAUUCUGUGGAAUCUUUGUCCUGGACCAGUUUUGAUGGUGUUAAGUUGCAGAAGCAUAGGAGCCAGCUGCUAGGGAAUGAGGUCUCUUCGCCCCUCCCCGAAUACAAUAUUUGAGCCCCCCCUCCCAAGUUGAUGGGCAGUGCCACUCAAAUGGUGUGUGCUGUGUCUUGUGAUCGAUUAUUUUAUUCAAGUUGGCACCCCAAGAGUAGCUCAGGCCGAAGACAGUGAGGUGGAGCAGUUUGCCUUUUUUUGCCAUGGGUGGAAGAGGGCUAAUGCAGGCGCACAAUCUAGUUCACCAACCUUCUGUAAAGAGGGAAUAUACUGCUGUACAAAGAUAAAGUAAUAUUCACCAGAGCAAAGAAACUUGUCUACUGAGCUACCAUCCUCUGCGGCUACUAAUUUUUUUGUGUAGUAUCAGAAGUCCACUAGGUGCUAUACUAGAGUCUCCAUAUUCCAAAGAGCAAAAACCUGGACACUCACCCACCACCAUCGGGGCACAUCUCCAUCAGACGCAGAGAGAGAGAGACUGGAUGGAAGGGAGGGAGAGAGAGGGUGCAUUGUUGGAGGGCACUGGGGAGGGAGGCAGCUGGCGUGAGCCAGCCCUGCGCUGAGAAAGAAAUUUUGCCGAGUUCUGAAAAUUCCCCCUGCACACCCAUUUUCAGGAGCGGGAUCCCGGAUAUGUCUGGGAAAACCAGGACGUACGGCAGUCUUAUGCUAUACAGAACUCACACCAUUCCUGCCUGAGGAAAUUACUCUUGACUUUUCAAAGGAAGCAACAAGCUUCCUUUUUGAAUUGUGUUCCUCCCUUAGUUCUUGCCCGCUUUGCCCAUAUCCUGUUCUCCCCAAACAAUUUUCACUAGUAGAGGUUUGAAUAAAAUAUAGGUUACCCUUGAUGUGGCCUUAAUAUGCUUUGCACCUCUGCAUGAAAUGGUAUGCAUGUAUGAGGUAUGUAGCUUAAAAGCUGCACAAAGCUGGUGUGCGAAUGGCCUGUUUUAAUGUUUAUACAUACAUUGAGCACGUAGAACCCUGCUUAGAUAAGGUGUUGUUGUUUUUUAAAAAAAUUUAAACAUGUGCCAUGCAGUCAGUUUAAAACUUGGUGUUGAGCCCUAGGCUGAGAUAUUACAUGUUAUCCAAUUAGGCAAGACUUAGCUUUCUCUAAUAGCAGCAGUAGCAGAAACUGAACAUUUUCAAUUGUUUUUCUCCAUCUCUGCAGCCAACCGUGAAGUAUGAUAGACAGCCUGAUUACUUGGAUGUGACUGGAGGAACCCUGCAUCCUUAUCAGCUUGAGGGUCUGAACUGGCUGCGUUUCUCGUGGGCUCAGGGCACAGACACCAUUCUUGCAGAUGAAAUGGGUCUGGGAAAGACUGUCCAGACAGCUGUGUUUCUGUAUUCUCUUUACAAAGAGGUGAGGUUCCAGAAGAACUUGACAUGCGCACAUAUAUAUCUUUAUUCCAGAAGUCUGUUUCUUGGUGUCUUAACAUCAGAUUUGUCUGAUUAUAGGGACACUCUAAAGGACCUUUCUUGGUGAGCGCUCCAUUGUCCACCAUCAUCAACUGGGAGAGAGAAUUUGAGAUGUGGGCCCCAGACAUGUAUGUGGUGACUUACGUGGGGGACAAAGACAGCCGGGCCAUUAUCCGUGAAAAUGAAUUUUCCUUUGAAGAUAAUGCUAUUCGUGGGGGAAAGAAGGCCUUCAAGAUGAAGGUAUUACAGCAAACUAAUCGGAGUUAGUGCCUCUCUUGAGAACUUUGUAAUGUUGCAGGUUCCUGAGUGAAGCAUUGAAUGCCAAGUAAUCUCAAAUGAUGGAAAGCUAGGUUUUUGUGAGUGUGGGUCUGGCCUGUCGUUAUACCUUUCCUGCUAUUUGUUUCCCUAAUGUGCAACUUCUGAUCCUUGCAGAAAGAGGCAUCUGUGAAAUUCCAUGUAUUGCUCACUUCUUAUGAGUUGAUCACUAUUGAUAUGGCCAUUCUAGGCUCCAUUGACUGGGCCUGCCUUGUAGUGGAUGAAGCGCACAGACUGAAGAAUAACCAGUCAAAGGUAGGGAGAAAUUUAUCUUGGAUCUGUAAACUCUUUAUUCCUUCUCCCAUGUUUUAUGACUGAUUAGAGGGGCUUGCCAAGAUUAGACACUGCUUUCUCAAUGUUAACAAACUUUUCAGAAGACUUGACACAAGCAGCAUUUUUACACUGUAUGUAUAUAGGUGUGUGCACCCCUGUAUGAGGAAGCUAUUAACCCUCAAGAACUGCUUUUAUGUUUGCUGUGAAGCAGCUCCUAAUUUUGUGCACUAUGAUUAAGGAUUGUUCUUGUUUUAAAAGAGGGAUGAACAGUGCCUUAUUUGAACAUGCUUGUUUUGUUUUUGUUUUUUUUAAAACUUCAUGUUAGUCUCAUAUUUGUUAUUUUCUGUGUUGUAUUGGAACAGUCUGAUGCUCCUCAGGCUGGCCUGCAUAGUCCUUUAAUUGUUGAUAGGUUAUUGUAGUUUUACAAAAGCUGAGAACUUGCUUAGAGAUUACACGAUCGGUGUCUAGUCUCCUUCUGUGCAGAUCUCUGUAUGUUUGGAAAUAUGUUGUGAAUUUGGUUGACUUUCUAUCUUUCCUUUUCUUGCUGUGCCCUUCACACUUCCUUCAGUUUUUCCGGGUGUUGAAUGGCUACUCUCUUCAGCACAAGCUGCUACUCACAGGGACACCCCUGCAGAACAAUUUGGAGGAGCUUUUUCACCUGCUUAAUUUCUUGACGCCAGAAAGAUUUCAGUAAGUCCUGCAGUGUGCACUCAAGCACAGCUUCCCUGUUGGGUUGCUGUUCCCAUGUUUCUUGUUGUGGCUUUUUAAUUUCUCCUGACUGUCUGUCUGACUUCCCUCAUAGCAACCUAGAAGGCUUCCUGGAAGAGUUUGCAGACAUUGCCAAGGAGGAUCAGAUCAAAAAACUUCACGAUAUGCUGGGCCCACACAUGCUGAGGCGCCUCAAGGCCGAUGUCUUCAAGAACAUGCCUUCUAAGACAGAGCUUAUUGUCAGAGUGGAAUUAAGUCCUAUGCAGAAGUGAGUGUGGGAGGAUAGUCCUUUACUCCUUUAGCUGAGUAUCUUGACAUUAACAUGGUUUAGCCUAUGCUUCAGGGUGCUGGAAUUCUAAUAUGCUCACUUUCCUGUUCUUGGUUUGUCUCUCAUGCUGAUCAGCUGCAUAAAGUAGACUUGUACUGACUGCUUCUGAGUACAAGGUGGGAGAAUGGGAGGGGACCUGUGCUUCAGCAGAUAGUUCUGAGGUAGAAGCGAAGUGUUUGCAGCAGACCUAAGAAAUAAGUAAUCAGCAAUGUGAAUAUUCAUAUUUUUACAGAAAGUACUACAAAUAUAUCCUGACAAGGAACUUUGAAGCACUGAAUGCCCGGGGUGGUGGCAACCAAGUUUCUCUACUCAAUGUGGUUAUGGAUCUGAAGAAAUGUUGCAAUCAUCCCUAUCUCUUUCCUGUAGCUGCCAUGGUAGGUUCUGUCUCCCAGAAUUUCCUUUUCAAGUGCUCUAUACACUUCGCUCUUAAUUGUCUAAGCACUGGGGAAUGGCCCUGUUGUUUUAUCUCCCUUUCCUGCUUAAACCUUCAUCCUGAUCUUAAAUAUUGUCAUAUGGUAUUGGUUUUAUGAAGCACAACUAUCAUUUGAGGGCAUGGUUGUGAGCAGCAGUUGCCACAUCAUUAGCUUUUGAAUGUAGUAAUUGGAGGGAAGUUUAUAACUUGAUGAUCAUCUCAAAAGACUGAGAUGGCACAGUCUUUGGCACAGAGCAGGAAAUUUAUUAAGUAAUAGGCCAUCUGUUUCUUGCUAUGCUGCCUUUUGUAUGGAAAUAAUAGGGCAGCUGCAAAAAAAUAGGGAGAAUUGCUAGAGAGGCAUAGGUAAGAAAAAUGAAGUGGAAGGAAUACAUGAUAAGACUGCUGGAGUCCCUACAGGGCAGCUGCAAAAAAAUAGGGAGAAUUGCUAGAGAGGCAUAGGUAAGAAAAAUGAAGUGGAAGGAAUACAUGAUAAGACUGCUGGAGUCCCUACAGGGUAAGCUAAGCUGUUUGACACUUGUGAAUCAUUAAUGGUCAGGACCAACAAUUUGAAGAAUACUUUCCCUCCCUUCUUCACCCCCCUUUUCAAUUUUUCAUGCAGGAAGCACCAAAGAUGCCCAACGGCAUGUAUGAUGGUAGUGCCCUAAUCCGGGCCUCUGGGAAGCUGCUUCUGCUCCAGAAGAUGUUGAAGAACCUCAAGGAGGGAGGUCACAGGGUGCUGAUCUUCUCUCAGGUAACCAAGAGCUAUUGUGUAUUGGGGAAAUUUUUCCAGAUGGUGAUGGGUUAGCUGAUUGCAUUUUGUGCAUUUUUACUCCAACUCUUUUCUUUGUCUUUCCCCCCCCAAAGAUGACUAAAAUGUUGGAUCUGUUGGAAGACUUCUUGGAACACGAAGGAUACAAGUAUGAGAGAAUUGAUGGUGGGAUCACAGGAAAUAUGCGUCAGGAAGCCAUUGAUCGCUUCAACGGUAUGUUAUGAGACAGAGUACAUAAUGGGAUGCAGGUGGCACUGUGGGUAAAACCUCAGUGCCUAGGACUUGCCGAUCGUAUGGUCGGCGGUUCGAAUCCCCGCGGCGAGGUGAGCUCCCAUCUUUCGGUCCCAGCUCCUGCCCACCUAGCAGUUUGAAAGCACCCCUAAGUGCAAGUAGAUAAAUAGGUACCGCUUUAUAGCGGGAAGGUAAACGGCGUUUCCGUGUGCUGUGCUGGUGCUGGCUCACCAGAACAGCUUCGUCACGCUGGCCACGUGACCCGGAAGUGUCUGCGGCCAGCGCUGGCUCCCGGCCUCUUAAGUGAGAUGAGCGCACAACCCUAGAGUCGGACACGACUGGCCCGUACGGGCAGGGGUACCUUUACCUUUACCUUUUUACAUAAUGGCAGGCACAGUUAGCCUUGGCAGGAACCAGGGUUCCUCUUUCAUACUUUGCUAAAAAUGUCAAUUCACCCUUUACAACUACUAGCAGGGCAGCUGUGUUACUCUUUGAGCUGUCACAAGACCUCUUUGCUGUAACAGGCUAACACAUUUGUUAGCAUAUAAGCGUUCAUGGACUACAGUCCACCACCACCUGAUAAAGCGGACUGUAGUCCAUGAAAGCUUACACCAUAACAAAUCGAUUAACCUUUAAGGUGACACAGGAUUCUUUGUGAUUACGCUUUAUAGUAUCCCUGCUCUAUUUGGAGAAUGGUGAAAAUGAAGGUCUGGAUGAUCCAAGUAUAUGAUAUCUGACAGUAUCUCGUCUCAUUUAUCUCUAGCUCCUGGUGCUCCACAGUUCUGUUUUCUGCUUUCCACCAGAGCUGGGGGGCUUGGCAUCAACCUCGCCACUGCUGACACCGUGAUAAUCUAUGACUCUGACUGGAAUCCACACAAUGAUAUUCAGGUGAGUUUGAGCAGCAAAAUAAAAAUCUCCCCCCCACCCACCCUCCAUUGCAACAUUGAGGAGGAAUCUGGAAGCAGCCACUUGCAUUUUAGAGUAACUAUAGCUUACUGUGGUUAAUCUCAGCUAUGCUAGCGAAAACAGCUAGUUCAUAAACUGAUUUGAAACUGGUUUGUUUCAACUAACCAUACUUAAGAGUUACCGCAGUUUGUCAGCAGCAAGGCCACCUGCUCUUGAUUGUAAACAUGGCCUUCUCCUUCCAGAACACCCAAGUUGAAGGUAAAUCAAGGGAUGUAUUCUGGUACGUUCCAUGGUUAUUGCCCAGGAGUGUGACAGGACUUGGUGUUUCAUAGAAUUGUAGAGUUGGAAGGGACCCUGAGGAUCAUCUAGUCCAACUCUCUGCAAUGUAGGAAUAUGCAACUGUCCCAUAUGGGGAUUGAACCUGCAAUCUCAGCGUUUUCAACGCUCUAACCAACUGAGCUAUCCAGGUUCAAAUAAGGGAUAAAAAGAAUGCAAGGGGAUAUUUUUGGGAUAUGGCUAAAGAACAGGGAGGAAUCAGAAGGAACUGAAGUUAUACAAAGGCUAGGAAGCGGGAAAGCUGAGCAGAAUAUGCUGUAUAUAGCUUGGGAUUGACUUUAAUGCUGUUAAAAGAGUCAACUGGGAAACCAUGUGAUGAAUAGAAUCCUGAGCUUUUUUGAAAGUACUCUGAAGUAAAAGCACACUCUAUUGGUCCCCAUUAAAAAGAAGAAAAAGUUACAAGGGGGUUCGAUGGCUAUACCAUCCGCGUUUAGUAUAAAGCGAAAGUAAAACCUUUCAGACUCCUGCUAUUCUACAGGAGGUGUGAAAGCCCAAAACUUGCCUAGGAUCAUUCUUGUAAUGCUAAGCUGUGGUUUGAAAUGGCUUGGAAGGCAUACUAAUGUGGCAGUGGGCAAUGGGAUAGGACUGCUUUAGGAAGGCAAGGAAAUGGAAGGACCCAAAGACAGCAAAAGGGGGGAGUUUAAUGAAUGAAGACUGAAAGAGUACCUUUUUCUCUCAGGCCUUCAGCCGUGCUCACAGAAUUGGACAAAACAGGAAGGUGAUGAUAUAUCGCUUUGUCACACGAGCUUCUGUGGAAGAACGGAUCACACAAGUGGCCAAGAAGAAAAUGAUGUUGACCCAUUUGGUUGUGAGGCCAGGGUUAGGCUCCAAGACUGGUUCUAUGUCUAAACAGGAACUGGAUGACAUCCUCAAGUUUGGUACUGAAGAGCUUUUCAAAGACGAAGCCACUGAAAGUGGCAAGAAUCUACGUAAUGUGACACAAUGUGAGUGAAGUGAUUAACUUUCCUUUAGUUAGAGCUUUUGCUCUGUCCCCUUUCAGCUAUCCCAACAACUCCUUGAUUACAGCAAGACUGUCCUCCCCCCCUCCUCCAGGUGAUAUCAAGGAAAACGAGGAUGGCAGUGUCAUCCAUUAUGACGAUAAGGCAAUUGAACGCCUACUGGACCGGAACCAGGAUGAGACAGAGGAUGCUGAGCUUCAGGGCAUGAAUGAGUACCUGAGCUCCUUCAAGGUGGCCCAGUAUGUGGUGCGUGAAGAGGAAAUGGGGGUAAGUGAGAAUUGACCGCCUGCUUUCUGAUUCACUGGAUUCUUGAUGCAAAGGUAUUCACUGCUGGUGGCUAGAGGAUGGAAUUCUGGAGCAAGCAUGGGUUUGAAGCUUCAAUCCUAAACCUCCUUACUAGGGUGAAAGCAUUACUUGAAGGCAUUGGGAUUUCUGAGUAAGUAUGCUGAGGAUUGCCUCUUCAUUUUUCUAAUUUUCCUAUGUUAGGAGGAAGAGGAGGUUGAACGGGAGAUUAUCAAACAAGAGGAGUCUGUGGAUCCAGACUAUUGGGAAAAGCUGCUUCGUCACCAUUAUGAGCAGCAGCAGGAAGACCUGGCCAGGAAUCUGGGCAAGGGCAAACGCAUCCGCAAGCAGGUCAACUACAACGAUGGCUCGCAGGAAGACCGAGGUAGUUGUGCGUGCGUGAGAUAGGAGGAAGCGGCUUUAUAAAAACAAUGGUUGGGUUUUUCCCAGGCAACUUACUUUGGGCAUUCUGUUCUUUUUCCAGAUUGGCAGGAUGACCAGUCAGAUAAUCAGUCUGAUUACUCUGUAGCCUCUGAGGAAGGUGAUGAAGAUUUUGAUGAGAGGUCGGAAGGUAUGUUGAGGUGUUGUGCAUUUGGACUCCUUGAUUCUGGGAAAGCGCAAUAAGGAGAUGCUCUGAGCUAGAGUGGGGUAGAGUGUCAGGGCAGAACUAGAGAGACCACCCACUCGGCCAUGAAGCUCUCUGGGUGACCUUUGACCAACUGUGACCUCUCAGCCUCACAAACUUUAGAGGGCUGCUGGGAUUUAAUAAUUGUUAGGGUUCAUUGAGAAACAUCCCGCCUUGAGCUCCUUGGAGCAAAGGCCAGUUAUAAAUUGAAUAAGCGAAACAGAUUGGAAGCUCUUUAUAUGAUUGCUAUGCUUUUCCUUGCAUACCAAACUCCAUCUGAUUCAAUAUACUGUCUUAAACUGCUACUUCUCCCUUUUUCUGUCUUGCCAGCUGCUCGCCGGCCUAGUCGGAAAGGCCUGAGGAAUGACAAAGACAAGCCCCUACCCCCACUCCUUGCUCGUGUGGGAGGCAACAUUGAGGUAAUUCUUAAGAGUUUUAUACUCCCAAAAUUCUGAGAGUUUUAUACUGAGGGUUUGGCAUAGAAAUCUUCCAAAUUAACAAAAUCAGAUCCUUUGUGGAAGACUUGAGCCUCUAUGCUUGGGGAGGGGUGGGGCUGCUGCUGCUGCUGCUGCUGCUGCUGCUGCUGCUGCAUUAUUUAAGCUUUUCCCCUCUCUUUCUCCUGUUCAGGUUCUGGGCUUCAAUGCUCGCCAGCGGAAGGCCUUCCUCAAUGCCAUCAUGCGCUAUGGGAUGCCACCUCAGGAUGCCUUUACUACCCAGUGGCUGGUGCGGGACCUGCGUGGGAAGUCAGAAAAGGAGUUUAAGUGAGUCUGGCGUGCUGGUUGGAGGAGGCAUAACUUGCAAUGCCCAAGAAAGAGUGGAAUUAGGGGAACAAACUUUGCUUAGCCGUGUCUGGUCUGGGGAAUGAUGGAAUUUGACAGUCUCUGGAAACCAAGCUAGUUUGAGUGGAAUAAGGGAGAUUGCUGGUCGAGAACUUGCACACACUUUACUUGUGAGUCUUGCUGGGGAAUUACUUGCUUCGAGGGUUUAUGCUGUCAUGAGGCUACCAGUCUUUUUAAUGCUCCCUUCCCUCCUUCAGGGCCUACGUCUCUCUCUUCAUGCGCCACUUGUGUGAGCCAGGAGCGGACGGUGCAGAAACGUUUGCUGAUGGUGUCCCACGCGAGGGCCUGUCCCGACAGCACGUCCUCACACGAAUAGGGGUCAUGUCUCUCAUACGCAAGAAGGUGGGUAUUAAAACAAAAUUUUUAGAGACCUCUAGAUGGCACCUAGCCUCUUAUAUGCAUUGGAUGGACUAAUCGGUGAUCCCUUUUGCCUCCCAGUUUCUAUUUUCGGAGUUCAGAAGGACACUGAUGCACUUCAUUGGUUUUGACUUGGAACGACUAAAAUGUGUUUUCCAUGUCCCCAUCCCAUUAGGUGCAAGAGUUUGAGCAUGUGAAUGGACGCUGGAGUAUGCCAGAGCUAGCAGAGAUAGAGGAGAACAAGAAGCUUUUGCAGCCCAGCUCACCUUCCCCCAAGACCCCAACUCCCUCUACGCCAGGAGACACACAGCCUAAUACCCCUGCCCCUGUUCCUCCACCUGGUGAGAACCCUGCGUUUGUGUUUUUGUUAAAAGAGCCCCGUCCAGCCUUCAAUGCUGCUCCUCUUUCCAGCUGUGACAGAGGACUUGGGGUGGACGUAGAUCGAACCAACUCUUAAUUUAGGAGGGCUUCCUGGAGCUAAGCCUAGCCCUCAAAGGCGCAAGAGGACAUGUGGAUUGUCUGCAUGGGAGGAGGGUCAUUCCAGGGGAUCAGAGUACAAAGACUUUCUGAGUCCCAAGUGGUGUGUGCUGAAAGCUGCUUCUGCUUUCUCCCCUACUGAUUUAUAGAGGAGGUAGUGAAAGCAGAAGAGGGGGUCACUACCAAGGAUCAAGGGGAGCCCACAGAACCUGAGAAGGAGACUAGUCCCACUGUUGCUGCUGCUUCCACUGCUGAGAAUGAAGCCCCGGCUGAGGUGAGCUUCAAGGGUUUUCUUCAUGUUGCUGCUAAAUAAAUGCAUUUCUUCUUCUGAUCUUUGGAAUACUCUGCUGAUGACUGAGGUUCUUCAGCUUUCAAGUGCUGUUAUUCCUUGGCCAUAUUGUCUUUGGGAGACAGGGAGGGAAAUGUGGCUUUUAAUCAGUUACUCCUCCGCCCCUACUUCAGGAUUCUGAAGAGAGACAUCUAUUUUGAAAGAUAAAUGCUUUGUUUUUAAAAAUGCAAAACUUCGUAAAGCAGUGAACAGUGUCCAUGGCUGGGAGAGAGUCAUUUGUUCUUGUGGCUGAAUGUGCUGUGGAACCUGACCACAGGGGUUGGUAUAUUUUCUUACACUCCACUGAGUAAGAUUCUCACCCCUCUUUCUUUCUUUCUUUCUCUUGCCCACUCAGCAGGCUCCUCCUGCAACAGAGACCCCUGCACAGGAGGCUAAAUCCCCUGUGAAUGCUGUGGAAACCGAAGAGAAAAAACCAGAAGAAGUAGAAGUGAAAGAGGAGCCAAUGGAAACGGAAAGCAAAGGUAUGGCUGUUAAUUCAUAGAUGCAUGUGCAAGACAUAUGGCAUUCCAGAGCAUGGGGGGCUCUCUGGUGUUGAUGUCAAGGAGAGUUCACAGGGCUACCAAGAUUAACCUGGUUGGGACUGAAUUAGCCACUGCUUAAAUCAGGAUGGAUGCAUUCAAUUCUUAAAACCUUCCUCUCCUGCAGCUGACAUAGAGAAGGUGGAAGAGAAGACACCUGCGGAGCCAAACCCUGAGCCUCCAACAAUUAACCUUGAGGAGAAGGGUGAGCAUUCUAGGCAUGGCUGGUAUCGCCUUGGCUGUGCAUACUGUCGCUGCGGAGAUCCGGGGACUAACCAGCAAGUUCUUUCCCCCCCCUAAACAGAGGAAAAGAAAGAAGACGACAAGAAGGAUGUCGUGAUGCUGCAGAACGGGGAGACACUUAAAGAGCCUUCUGAAGACCGGCACAAGAAAGCCAUGAAGCAGCGGUUCAUGUUCAACAUUGCAGACGGAGGCUUCACUGGUACUGGCAGGCCGAGGGUGCAGCUGUGGACUGUGGGGAAGCGAGGUCUCACUCGGUUACGAGAACAUAAUUUUCUGACAUUGUUUCCUCUUGCAGAGUUGCACUCCCUGUGGCAAAAUGAAGAGCGAGCAGCUACCGUUACCAAGAAGACCUAUGAGAUCUGGCACCGGCGCCACGACUACUGGCUCCUGGCAGGAAUCAUAAAGUAUCCUUUCUCCAGCAUCUUCAGGAUUAGCCCAGCCCUAGACUUUGAGUGUGGCCCCAUGCAAAGGGCUUCAGUGGGUCCUAAGCUGCCAUUGCAGCUUUGCCUGCAUUCGUCCACUGCAUCUGCCGCUUACUAUUCGUAUUCCACCCUUCUUUCAAGAAGAUAAGGAGCACAGUACAUUGAGUUACCUCACUUUAGCCUUGCAACAUUUUUACUCGGUAGGUUAAGAUGGGAGCAACCUCCCCACAUUUUGCAUGCUGUGGUUGUUUGACUGAACAGGAUUUGAACCCAGGUUUUCACAUAUCUGAACCCGGCUCUCCCAGAAUGAAUGCAUUCUGCACGUUGCAAUAAUACAUACCAACGUAUGUAUGUGCACUCGCUUGCAUUAGGAUACUGUACUGUUUGCCACUUGGCUUCUGAAGGAUGUUCAGGUUUCCUGCUUAGCCCUGCUGCAAUUGCUGCUGUUCCUGUGUCAUUCUCAUCAUCUAUUAAGGCAAUCUGCCUGCUCUGUCUGGCAAGCUCCACUUUGCCAUUGUCUAGUAGCUUCAUCCAAACAGAGAACUGCUCUCUGGUGCAGGCAGGCUAUGCUCCAGCAAAUUUUGCAGCAGUGGUUUGGCAGGAGGAGCAGUAGGAGGAAGAAAGCUGACCUAAGGAGGUGAGCAGCUAGGAGGGUGAUUGCAUUAGCACCUGCUUCGUAAAUCUGGGGCUAUGGGAGCCUGGUACAUGACUUGCAUCUUUUGAAAAAUCUAGGGGACUUCUUCCUAUUUAAAAAAGAACACUUUCUCAAUACUGAAUCUUAAUGCCUCAAGAACCGCCUCUCCCCAAAUGAAAUAACCCAGCCCCUGUGAUUAUUAUCUGAGGCUCUUUGUGUGCCUCCUCCAAGAGAGGUCUGGAGGGCAGCAAUACGAGAAUGGCCUUUUCUGUGGUGGCUUCACCUGUUUGUGGAAUAAUCUCUCUAGGGAAGCUCGCUUGGUACCUUCCUCACAUAUCUUUAGGCAUCAGGCAGAAACCUUCCUCUUCUCCCAGGCCUUUGGCUAAUUAAAGACUCAGGCCUUAUAAACUCCAGGGGGGGUUGUUUGUAUGGUAUGUAUUUUUGUGUUUUUAUAUUGUACACUGCCCUAUGGUCUUCAGAGAUGUAAUAAAUAAUAAUAUCACCACUAAGACACUCGAUGAGUGUUAAAAGCAAUGCCAAUUGCUGGAACAGGGCAUUUCCAAAAUUAUUUUUUCUGAGCUUGGCCAACUUCAGCCACGGUUACGCUCGCUGGCAAGAUAUCCAGAACGAUCCUCGUUACGCCAUCCUCAAUGAGCCUUUCAAGGGUGAAAUGAACAGGGGCAACUUCCUGGAGAUAAAGAACAAAUUUUUGGCCAGGAGGUUUAAGGUGAGAAGCUAUGAAUUAAAUGCUAUAUAUCAGUGGUGGCUUGAGUUUUCUCCAAUGAGCAAAGUAGCGUGUUUUCCUCUAGGCUUUCUAAUUAAGAAAAGAGUACUCUGUAGAUACUGAAUUAUCUCUGUGGAUUUGAAUUAAACAUUGUGAAAGUCAUGGCAUUUAAACAUGAAGCAAAACUGAAUGGAGAUCCUCCUGAGCUGCUCUUAUGGAGACAGUCUCUCCCACAAACUCACACCAAUAUAUAUUUUACACAAGAUAAGUAAGCUUUUUAAAAUAUGCAGGCCUGUUUGCCAUCGCACCUUUCUUAAACAAACAAACAAAAUACCUGUUGAGAGGCUGAGUGGCUUCAUGCUAUAUGCACCUGGUACAACUGGAGCAACACACUGAACUAUAGAUCCCAGUUGCACAGUGGUAAUUCUGCAGCUAGCCUUUAGCUACAAGUCUCUCCAAACUUGUGUAUUCUGUUUCAGGUUUUGUUGCAGAUGUCAAAGGGGUGAAUCUGCUCUUAUCUCCUUGACCUAAUUGUACCAGUACAAGUCUGUACUAUAGCUGGCAUAGGCACUAGGGGUUGGUUCUUUGCAUGCAGUAUUAGCUACUGAACCCAUGGUUUUGUUUUGGUUUAAAGAAUAAAUUGUGUGGCAGUACAAGAUUGCAUAAGCUAUGCAACCAUUCCUCAUAGGCUUGCAAUAAACUUUGUGGUGGUACACCAUUUCUGAGGGAGUUUAGAGUAUGGAUAGAUUUCUCCUUAUGGCAACACUAUUGAUCUUUCUAGUACCGUGCGUAAGCAUGUCGAGACAAGAGUCAGCAAUUGGCAUAGACCCUGCAGAGGAAGCUGCGUGGCUCAAGUGAGAAAAGGCCUCCCUUAUUCUGGGAGAGAGCCUUGCAGCAGUUUGAAGAGUUGGACUCAGGAUCCUGUGUUUUUUUCAUUCUUUUGCAGCUGUUGGAGCAGGCACUUGUGAUCGAAGAACAGCUAAGGAGAGCUGCCUACCUGAACAUGUCAGAAGAUCCAUCCCAUCCCUCCAUGGCCCUGAACACCCGUUUUGCUGAGGUGGAGUGCCUAGCUGAGAGCCACCAGCAUCUAUCCAAGGAGUCUAUGGCUGGAAACAAACCAGCCAACGCGGUGCUUCACAAAGGUGAGGAGUCGGCAGGAGAUCACAUGGAGUGAGGGCAGACUUCUGUUGUGUGCCACUGGCCCCUUCCCCCCGCCCCACCUCAUCCCGCCUCCCUCCACCCCUCCCAGUGCUUGUGUCUUUCUAAAUGUGCAACUUCUCUUUCUCUUCUAGGGGAGGAGGGCAGCUAGUGUUGCGGGGAAAACCCUCCUCCAGGUUCAGAAGGCAAACUCCAAUUUUAAAAUGAGGAAGAGGAGCUUUAAUUCCCUUACAUCCCCAAAUGAUUUUGGGUUUGGGGAGGCUCCAGCAGAACCUGGUUGUCUUGCAGUCACAAAGCAACGAAAAGCAAGAUGACUUAACUUUGCUGCAGGAAGCAAGAGAUGGGUCAGGGUUUAUAGGUCAGAUCCCACUGGUUCUGAAGGGGAAUGUUUUGGCCUGGCCAAUGAGAACAUGUUUGGACUGGUGCCAUCAUAUGAUUGCAGCCGACCAUUGCUGCAGCACAGGCCUCUCUCCUUCACAUCCAUUACCUGAUGGAGAGGAUGCAAUGGGAGGCAGUAUAGCCUCCCUUCAACAAAAGGGCACAAAAACAGUUGUGGAAAUACAGGAAGGCCAGGUAACAACUCCCAAGGAAGGCCCCCUACUGCAGAGCCCACUCUGGGAAAGAUGCUUCCAUUGCCUGGGGCAGCCAUCCUUUUGAGGGAAGGUGUGUCGGGAGGGGGAGGGUCCUGAUUUCUUCCCUCCUCCCCAUUAAAGGGGAGACCAUUCCCCCCCGACACACACACCUUUAUGCAGUGGAUCAAAGUGUUUCUUCUGCCUCUUACUAAAAAGAAAUGCACUCUUGAGAGAGUGUUUAGGAGCAGGAAUCCCUCAUUCCAUGGUAGAAGUGAUAGUACUCAUUUUUCUCAUACCUGCUCCAGGGGCAGGAGUGCCACUCCCUGAAGAGGUAGAAGGUGCAGUACAUCUAGGGAGCACAUCUGCUCCAGGUCAUUCUUUUAUUAUUGCCCAUGGGAAUAGGCACUAUUUAUAUGGCCAGAAAGGAGAGAGCUUCUGUCAGCUGCUGAAGACAUCCCACAAGAGUAGACUCUUUCCCAGGUUGGACCCCCCUACAAUGAUCUUGCUUCCAAGGCAGUGCUCUUCUGAAGCAGAUUGAUAGAUGAGCAGAAGCACAAGUCUGGAUCUCCCCUGUCAGAAAUGUGGGGUUCCUCAGCUAUGGUGCUAAGAUAAUCUUGCACGGAGUUCAUUAUAGAACCACCUUUUCAAGAGUCUCUGUGAUGCUAGAUAAGGAUGGCUUGGAGAGAUAAAUGCUGCCUUCAGUGGGAGUGUCUCUUGGUGAUUCAUCUUUGGACCCUUACAUAACUAGGUAACAGAUUCAUGGCCUCCAAAAGGACUGCCUUGAAGAACUCUUGCUAAGGUGUAAAUUCAAAGUCUAAGGCCUCUGGAGGCAGUCUUUAGUAGAAAGUAAAGCUUCAUAGUGCACAAAUCGAUCUUCCAAACCACGUUGUUGUUAUUUUUAUGUCUUAAAAUGGGCACAAUAGCAGAUCUAAAGAAAUCCAAAAUGGGUUGCAGCUCUGGAAGGAAGUCCAAACUUAGGCUAUCUAUUGUGCCCCACCCCUUUUCCUGCAAGAGCCUGAUGGUUGGAAGCCACCUGAAGGAAUUCAUGGACAUCUGAACAACCAUCACCAAUGGAUAAUGAAAUUAAUCUCCAGAAGCUAUGCUUUAAGAUUCACCAAGAUGCUGAGACACAGAUUUUAGGGAGGAUCUCCUAUAUAUCCAAUAGUACCUUCAAAACAUCACUGGAUUUCCAAAGUGCUGGAAAUCCAAGGCCAAAAACCUGUUUCUGUCUCGGAAAGGGGAAAUGGUUUUCUUUUUUUAUAGUCCUGAAGAAAAAUGGUGAAACACACUGACUAUGCUGGAUACUAAAGCAUGGCAAGCAGUUCCUGGACAAGUUUCAUCUGCUCCUUUCUUUGUCUGAGGCCGUGUAUCCCUGCUCAGUGACAUCCUUGCCUACCUUCACAUCCUUAAGAGCAGACAUGCAGGUGCUUUCGUUUCAGCUGCAGGAACCAAUAAUAACAAAUUUUAUGCCAAACUCUUUGGUCUUCACCAGGAUCCCAGUGGUCUUAAAGUGGAAGGAUGACCUACUUACCUGUUCUCCAUCUCUCUGGCAUUAUCCCCAAGGUGUGGCAACGACCAUCUCAACACUACAAAGACGUUGAUUCUUAAUCAGCUGCGUGGAAAUCUCAUUAGAUUGAUCUUUUGCUUCUCCACUAGGGAAUGUGAAUAUCCUCAUAGAUUCUCUCCCAGUAGGCAGACUUCUGCAAGCAUGCUAGUAACACUCCUCCACUACUGUCCGAAAUCACAUCUCCACUAUCUGCCCAAGCCCUCGGGGACCAAUUUCAUACACCUCUUAACUCCUGUGGGUAGGGUUUUGCUACAGACCUUUGUUCGUCAUGGAAUACAUGUGAUGCCUGCAGGACUUUUGAGUACUCUGUAGACAACACGCUGUCCAUUAAGCAGUAGAGGUCUUACCUAUCUCAACCAAGAAUACUUCUUAGGGCAAGAAAGUGCCUACAGCUUCCUUGGCAUACUGGAAAGUGUCAACCUAGUGAACUCUUCAGCAACUUGCAGGUUUGCAAGACUGUUUUUGCUUCUUCUGUAAAGGGGUACUAUUUCUCCUUCAGGGAGAGCUCUCCUCUUAAGAAAGAUGAACGAUUACCACAUGGGUUUCGUUGCCUGACUUUACCAGACACUGUUAAGACGCAUUUUGCCUAAGUUGAGAUGGUCUUUGGGUGAUAGAUUUCCAUAUGUGGCUGCAAACCCUCUGGAAGUGACAGGGUACAGUAGUUGCCAGUUUCCAGACAGGUACCUCUCUUUUUAGCAACCUAAUGCUACCUGCCCUCUCCUCCCCACCCCAAGGUUGAGAAGAGGAAAUUCUGUACUUCCCUGUGAAUUUCUGUGCUCCUCAAGGAAAAGAGGGCAGCUAGGUCCAUUCUGCGGUGCUAUUCCACCUUGUAGACUCCCAAAUGCAACAUGCUUCUGAGAUGACUGGAGCCACCCUUUAUGUCGUGCUCUCUCCAUAUAGAUGUAGAGAACUGUUUCAGAUUUCAGCCGUUGGUUAUAUAGCUAGUUUCUAGCUGGGCCUAGGUGCAUUCUCAGUUUGGGGAGUAGUGGGGUGGGGUUUGUCCUGCCUCCUUGAAUCCAAAAUUGGAGCCUGCCUUCCUGUCCCCAGAGGAGAGGCUUUCCCCAAAGACUAGCUGCCCCCCUCCCCUUACGGAGACCAAAUUCACAGGUAAGUCUAGAAUUUCCUUUUUUCUUCCAGUGCUGAAGCAGCUGGAGGAGUUGCUGAGCGACAUGAAGGCCGAUGUGACGCGGCUGCCCGCCACAAUUGCCCGCAUUCCUCCAGUGGCUGUGCGCCUCCAGAUGUCGGAGCGCAACAUCCUCAGCCGCUUGGCAAACCGUAGCAGUGAGCCUCCUCCGCCACCACCGCCCCAGCAGGUAAGCAUCCGGACCUGCUCCCUUUCCCUUUCCACCCUAACCCUGGCCACGAACCGGGGGGAGGGGGCCCUUGGCGACUGCCCCAGGUUGGGUGGGUUCUGCAGGAAAUACCAGGAAAUACACAGCACUUAAGAACCUCUUGUUCCUCUCUCUUUUUUCUGCCCUAGGUGGCUCAGCAGCAGUGA